GACAAAGAUGAGGAUCGGGACCGCUUGAAACUGGGGGAAAGUGCCGGCGCCUCCGCCACCGGGGAAAGCCGCUCGGCAGAGGCGAAGCCAGCGGCCACCCAAGAUACACUGGGGCGCGCGGCCCGGGGCAUGAGGCUGUGAACGCCACUACUCCCCACCCCGCCCAGGGCAGCCCAGCGCCAGGCCCGCAAUCACCCAAGGACUUGACCGGCUGAGUCUUGGUUCGGACCGGACUCGCCCGGCGGCGGCCAAGAGAAGAGGCGGAGAGCAGCGGCGGGGCCAGGGGGCCCGAGGGCCGGGGGCCCAAAGGGAGGGCAAGGCGGCCCGAGCCGCCGGGGCGCGGGGCUAUGAUGGUGCACUGUGCUGGCUGCGAGCGGCCCAUCCUCGACCGCUUUCUGCUGAACGUGCUGGACCGCGCGUGGCACAUCAAAUGCGUUCAGUGCUGCGAGUGUAAGACCAACCUCUCGGAGAAGUGCUUCUCGCGCGAGGGCAAGCUCUACUGCAAAAAUGACUUCUUCAGGCGCUUCGGCACUAAGUGUGCAGGCUGUGCGCAAGGCAUCUCGCCCAGUGACCUGGUGCGCAAGGCCCGCAGCAAAGUCUUCCACCUCAACUGCUUCACCUGCAUGGUCUGCAACAAGCAGCUGUCCACGGGCGAGGAGCUCUACGUCAUCGACGAGAACAAGUUCGUGUGCAAGGACGACUACCUGAGCUCGUCCAGCCUCAAGGAGGGUAGCCUCAACUCAGUGUCAUCCUGUACGGACCGCAGUUUGUCCCCGGACCUCCAGGACCCACUCCAGGACGAUCCCAAGGAGACGGACAACUCGACGUCGUCGGACAAGGAGACGGCCAACAACGAGAACGAGGAGCAGAACUCGGGCACGAAGCGGCGCGGCCCGCGCACCACCAUCAAAGCCAAGCAGCUGGAGACGCUCAAGGCCGCCUUCGCCGCCACACCCAAGCCCACGCGCCACAUCCGCGAGCAGUUGGCGCAGGAGACCGGCCUCAACAUGCGCGUCAUCCAGGUGUGGUUCCAGAACCGACGGUCCAAAGAACGCCGGAUGAAACAGCUGAGCGCCCUGGGCGCCCGGAGACACGCCUUCUUCCGGAGUCCGAGGCGCAUGCGCCCGUUGGGAGGCCGCUUGGACGAGUCUGAGAUGUUGGGGUCCACUCCGUACACCUACUAUGGAGACUACCAGGGCGAUUACUACGCGCCGGGAGGCAACUACGACUUCUUCGCGCACGGCCCGCCGUCGCAGGCGCAGUCCCCGGCCGACUCGAGCUUCCUGGCCGCCUCGGGGCCCGGCUCGACGCCGCUGGGCGCGCUGGAGCCGCCGCUCGCCGGCCCGCACGCUGCCGACAACCCCAGGUUCACCGACAUGAUCUCACACCCGGACACGCCGAGCCCCGAGCCGGGCCUGCCGGGCGCGCUGCACCCCAUGCCCGGCGAGGUGUUCAGCGGCGGCCCCAGCCCACCCUUCCCCAUGAGCGGCACCAGCGGCUACAGCGGACCCCUGUCGCACCCCAACCCCGAGCUCAACGAGGCCGCCGUGUGGUAAGGCCGUCGGGCCGGGCCGCCCCCCGCCCCCCGCGCUCGGCCCUGGGGCCCCGCCCGGCCGUCCCCACCCCACCCCAACCCCCCGCGCCCGGGACACAGCCUCCCGAAACCAAAGCGCCCGACGCGGCCGCGGCGCGGGGCGCCCUCGGGGGCUCUCUCUCGAGUCCGAACUCAACCGGCAGCUGCUUCUCGGCUGGGCGCGGAGGGGUACCGACCCCCGCAUCUGCAUCCACCCCUCGGACUCUCCGGGAACCCCCCGGACUCUCCGGGAACCCCCCGCCCUCCGCCAGCGCUCCCCGGCAGCCGCGAGCAAUUUCUUGGGACCAAAGUGAAUACUCCGGAGGGUCAAGAGAUUUCAAGCACGCUCUAGACUUCCCCCGACCCCCCACCACCACCCCGCACCUCUUUGGACCAAGAGAGGGCUGAAGCCAAGGGACAGAGACAAUUUUUUUCCCCCUCCUUGCAAUCCGAGUGCCAUUUUGUAAUCUUAUUUCUCACUCUGCUUUCCCGUCUU